CGCGCAUCUCUCCGGCUGGCCGCUACUUAGCCGAGGGAUCCCGGCGGCGGAGGCGCCCGGCGUCGCGGCCGGAGCGCUCUUGCUAUGCUCAGAGGUGAUCCCGGCCGCGCGCCUCCCGCCAUGCGCUCGGCGCUGCGGCUGCUGCUGGCGGGGCUGCUGCUCCUGGGCUCGCUGCCCUGCAGAGGAGCUGCCGCUGCUUCUCCAUCUUCUCCUCCAUUCAGCCUGACCGUCCAACCCGUCACCACGCCUUCUCCUUCAGCUGUAGCAUCGACCAGCGUUACCUCCGCGAAGCUUGCUGCAACAACGGGGGCGCUGACUAGUCGGAAACCCACAGCCCCACUGAUCUCUCCCGCCCCACUUUCUCCAACUUCGUCGGGGCUGUCCAAGACGCUUGCAGCGGGGACCUCUUCCAGCACCCCCACUCCUUUGCCAACGGGGCAUGGAGCACCUACUGUCCCCAGCACCCCAGUGGCAGGCAAAACGACCCCACGGGCCCCAAUGCCGACUCUGGGGUCGUCUCCCACAAGCAACACCUCUUUGGGGGGGGCUGCUUCAAAAGACCUCACCUCCACCAGCAGUCCGUCCACGUCGAGCCUCCUCCCGACCUCGCCUUCCCCCUCCAGGCCUGUCGGGUCCACAGCGAAAAGCCCAGGGCCACCAGCUGUCCCUACGAGCAUUCUUGCCGUGCCUGGAAUUGGCAGGGGCUCUACAACCUUGCAAACGGUUGCAACGGCAAAAGAGACAACGAGCAAAGAUAAAAUAUCGGCGUUGACCCCCACGUCGGUGCCAGGGAUUUCUAAGACACCCCAUAGAUCGCUGGCAACCACAGUGCCCAACACUGCAGGGAUACCCAGGAGCUCCACCGUUGAGUCCUCGAGUCACAGUGUUCCAGCCCCCCCAGACUUGAAGAUUACGCCCUCAACUGCCUCCAUGGUGACCUCAGUAUCUCCAGAGCAUCACGUCACAUCUCCUUCCAGCGGGCCAAACCUCACUUCAGUGCAAGCCCAGACUAAGAUUGUUUGUGAGAAUACGAUGCCCCCCCAAAACCACGCGAUCAUUCUGAUCUUAAACGAGUCAAGGCCUUGUAACAGCAUGGAGGGAAGUUCACUGAAAGAGGCUCUUAAGGAGAUGCUCUGCAGAGCGGUGAAGCCCAACUUCAACCAGAGCCGGGAUGAGUGUACGGUGUGGCUGGCCUCCGAUAAAGAGGAUCCCAAGAAACUAGCUGUUGUCCGGGUAUCUGUGCAAACAAACUCUGUGGAUGAGGAACUAUCUGAAGCUCUGGCUAAACAGAAGACAGAAUUGGAGAAGCUUGGAGUUAACAACAUCACCCGUGGUGGCCAACCCCUGGACACUGAGCCCACGGACCAUCUCAGCCUCCCUCUGAUUAUCACCAUCAUCUGCAUGGCAGCUUCUCUGCUCCUUGUAGCGGCCAUCUAUGGCUGCUGUCACCAACGUAUUUCUCAGAGGAAGGACCAGCAGCGCCUGACGGAAGAGCUUCACACCAUCGAGAAUGGCUAUCACGAUAACCCCACCUUGGAUGUUAUGGAGACCUUAUCUGAGAUGCAGGAAAAAAAGGUCAACUUGAACGGGGAGCUCGGAGACAGCUGGAUCGUCCCCAUGGACAGCCUCACGAAGGACGAUCUGGAUGAGGAAGAAGACACACAUUUAUAAGUUGUUUUUUUUUCAAAAAAAAAAAAAGGGGUGGGGGGUGGGGAGGAGGAGAUGUGAGGAUAAGAAAAGAUGGAACUUCAUGCUAGUGACUCCCCCCCACCCCCAAAGAUGGAAAACAAAUCUUGCCACAAGUGCCAAUGCGGGAAGGACGUGCUGUAAUGGCAUGAUACAAAGGUUUAACGGCAGAAGUCUGCCAGAUUUUUGUGAAUUUUUAUUAUUAAUGUUAUUUUUAAAUCCACUGGCUUUCUGAGCAAA